AGCUCUUUCUGCUGUAUUGAAAGGAAUGCAUGGAGUCUUCUCUGAAGGAUGAGGGCUGCCGGCUUCUUGAUGGUUAGCCCUGCUGUAGUGCCAGGUCCUGUUGUAACCUCCCUUUUCUUCCACUGCUCCAGUACUGCUAUUCCCAUAAUAAUACCCUCUGGGCUGAUUGUGCCCCAGAGUGGGCUCUGUAACUUUAGGGUUCCCUUCACCAUAAAUAUUACAUUCUCCUCAGCUCCCAGCUUUGUGGCUAUGGCAGUGGGGUUAAAUGCAAAUAGCUCCCCAAACACACAUCUCCCACCACAGGCUGCUUAGAGGGCGUGGGAAUGCUAUUGGCAGCUGAGCUGUAGCAAGCGUCUCCAGAGGAGUUCUCCACUUUGGAUUUGAAAGCAGGGAUAGAGCAUGAACACAGUGAGCUUUGAUAGAUUGAUGUGCGUGUUGGCUGGGAGGAAACUGAAAUAUCUAUUAGGCAGACAUCUCUGGUGGUAGAUUAGUAUUAAGCUAUAUGCAGUUCGUAAAGGGAAUGAACACUGAAACCACAGAGGUAAUAGUGGUGCCUGAGUACUUGUGUCAGGAUGGCAUCUACCACUCUCGAGCAAAGCCAGGACUCUCUGGAACUAGGGGCUGAUAACUGCAAAGGACCUAGGGACUGAUAAUUGUAGAGUCCCUGCCCCAGGGAUUUUUGCAGUUUAAAAUUUAAACACCUGUAGUCUGUAGUCUGUGAAUGUCCUUCCUGCAGUAAACGGAUCGCAUGCGUGUGUGUGCGCAUGUGCAAUGCAUGUGUGUGUAUGAAUAGCUUCCCUGUGGGGGGAGUUAGUGCUGCUCACGUGCGAGUCCUCAGCGCUCUCCUGCUCCUAGUCAAGGGAUCAAGGGAGUCUUUCCUUUCCGUCCUUGUGGACAAUGUUUUGUGUUGCUGAAACAGGGGGCUGAGAGGCCUAUCUGCUACAGGGCUGUGAAGCACCAGAAACUGACUGUUUUGCUCGCCUUGGUGACACUGGUGUCCACCUUCGGAUCGUCCUUCCAGUACGGUUACAAUGUCUCCGUGAUCAACUCUCCCGCUCCGUUCAUGCAAAACUUCUACAACCAAACCUACAUGGACAGGUAUGGCACCUACAUGGACAGCAACUUCCGGACACUGCUCUGGUCUCUCACCGUGUCCAUGUUCCCACUUGGAGGCUUCUUUGGGUCCCUGCUGGUUGGUCCUCUGGUGAACAAUUGUGGCAGAAAGGGCACUUUACUGAUAAAUAAUCUCUUCUCCAUUGUCCCCGCAAUCCUCAUGGGGACCUCGGAGGUGGCAAAGACCUUUGAGGGGAUUAUUCUUUCCCGAAUCAUCAUUGGAAUAAAUGCAGGCCUGUCUUCUAAUGUUGUUCCCAUGUACCUGGGAGAGAUGUCCCCCAAAAACCUGAGAGGUGCCAUUGGAGUGGUGCCCCAGCUCUUCAUCACCAUUGGGAUACUUGUAGCUCAGAUCCUUGGUCUCAAAAGCAUCCUAGGAAAUCGUGAAGGCUGGCCGGUGUUGCUGGGGCUGACUGGCAUCCCGGCAGCUGUGGAGCUCAUCCUAUUGCCCUUCUUCCCAGAGAGCCCCAGGUACCUCCUGAUACAGAAGGGAGAUGAAGAACAAGCCAGGAAAGCACUGCAAAGGUUGAGAGGCCGGGACAAUGUGGAUGAUGAGAUUGAGGAGAUGUGUCAAGAAGACCAGUCGGAGAAGCAGGAAGGGCGUCUAUCUGUGAUGAACCUCUGCACCUUCCAGGCCCUGCGGUGGCAGCUCAUCUCUAUCAUUGUCAUGAUGAUGGGCCAGCAGCUCUCUGGGAUCAACGCGGUCUUCUACUACGCAGACAGAAUCUUUGAGUCGUCUGGUGUGGAGGCGAACGCAGUGCAGUACGUUACUGUGGGGAUAGGCGCCGUCAACGUGGUCAUGACCUGCCUUGCGGUUUUCAUCAUUGAGCUGGUGGGGAGGAGGAUUCUGCUUCUUGUCGGCUUUGGGAUGUGCUGCGUCUCCUGCGCCGUGCUAACGAUGGCCCUGAACCUCCAGACCAGUGUUCCCUGGAUGCCAUAUAUCAGCAUAGCCAGUGUCAUCGCCUAUAUCAUUGGACAUGCUAUUGGGGCAAGCCCCAUCCCUUUUGUACUGAUCACCGAGAUGUUCCUUCAGUCAUCCCGGCCUGCAGCAUUCAUGGUGGGUGGAUCUGUACACUGGCUCUGCAACUUCACUGUGGGGCUCGUGUUCCUCUAUAUGCAGCAAGCGCUUGGGGCUUACAGUUUUCUCAUCUUCUGCGUCAUCUGCCUGGCCACCGUCAUUUACAUCUUCUUCAUUGUUCCUGAAACCAAGAACAAAACCUUCAUGGAGAUCAACCAGAUCAUGGCCAAAAGGAAUGGGGUGGAAGUAACAGUGGACAAAGAGGAGCUCAUGGAUAUCAACACUAUCCCAGGGACUUGGAAUGAGAAGAAAGAGGUCACCACGAACAGUAGCCUCUAACCCACCUCAGCAUUUGAUGGACCCCGUGGUGACCAAGGGUUCUCUUCAGUGGGGGAGCAGGUGUCUUACCCGACUUGUGCUUUUCCAUUCAGACUGUCUCUGCACAUCUUCUGCAGCAAGAGUAUGUCCAAAGCAGGCAGCGAGCUGUCUCUUUAGCUAUCCCCUGCCAGCACUAGCACAAAUGUUGCUGCUAGUGAAUGAUUUUUGAAAGGUUAAUCUCUUUCCUCUGUGUUGACAGCUGAUUCUGGAGCCCUGAGUCAAACCCUGCAACGUGUCCAGCCCCUGGGUCCAGAGGCAGCACUUCCAAGGUGCUAUUUAGACACUGGCUAUCCAUCGUUCCUGUGCAAGAGGAAAAAAUAGCGUCCAUCUCAGAGGCAGGGAAACUGAGGCAAGGAAUUGGCCGAUCCAAGUUUACAGAGUGAGUCAGCAGUGCAGCCAGAGUUAGUACUCUGAGAUCCCUGACCCUCAGCCUGCACUCUGGCCCAUAGAAAAUGCUGCUUCUCGCAGUUUAAUAUACCUAGUGUGGUUGCCUGCACAUACCAAGUGCCACGUAUAACAGUCUGGGGACCAGCCAGAGACCAGAGCCAGAGACGCAGGGUUUAGUGAAAUCCUAGUGGCAGAUGGUCAUUUUGCCAUUUCUCAUGGAGCCAGAAACAAGGACUGUGGCCAGAAAAGGUAGCAAGACCUCAAAUUACUAAGUGAAGUGGGAUAACUCUGCACGCCCAAUCUGCUCUGUUCAGAGCAAGGCUUCAACGUGUGUGUGUGUGUGUGUGUGUGUGUGUGUGUGUCUGGGUGGCUCUAAUGGAAAUGGAGACCAAGAGGACUUGGUUUUUCAGGCAGGUCUUAAGGCUGAGCCUUCCUUCUAGCACCAGCACCUACUUCCAUGUGCAAUUUAAAUAUUUUGGGCAUCUCUUAAAAAAAAAAAAAAAAAGAUGGUACCCAGGUGCCUGAGCACCUUUCCUAUUGGUGCAAUCCAGUAUUAGCUCUGCCAAGGUGACCCGCAUUGAACCCACAAAAAUGAGAUCCUGAAAUCCUGGCCCAAGGGGACAUCCAAAGGACUGGGUGAGAAUGAAUCUGAAACCAUCCAGGCGAUGCAGGAAAGCAGGCAUGCCCGGGAGGGAGAAUGGUGGUCUGUGACCAUGUUGCUAAAGCCACAGUCGAUCUUUGAUAGACUUUUUGUCUUGGUGCCAUUCCAUAGGUCCCAUUCUGGUCCUAACUCCCUUUCAUUCCUUCAAUUCAUUUGCGUUAUUCCUGAUUUACAUUGGUGUGACUGAGAGAAGAAUCAGACUCAUGAAGUGCCAGUCCCCUGAAUCAGCAGCUUUCUACAAAACUUCCUCGGUCACAGUAGUCAGAAAACUAUUAAACCUCUGAAAUCACCCAUGGAAAUCAGUCUCUUUCAGUAGAGGUUGGACAGAUCCUAAGAUUAGUCUUUCUACUUGUCUUCAGACCAAAUCCACCAGACAGGAACAGCUGCAGCCGUGAAGUGUUUGACAUCUGUUUCCCUCUUGGUGGCACUGCGCAAUUGUGUUUUUGUAACAAGGAGGCAAAAUAAACCCCCUUUGCUUCUAACAACACAGCACUUCUGGGAAAUCCAGCGUGUUCUCCAAAAACAUGACUGAUAAUUGUAAUGCUCCUUUAGUAUCUGGAGGAAAAGCCAUGACUUUAUGAAGGACCCAGAGGACAAUUCUCCAUCAUUGCUUGUUUGCAGUUGCUAUUUGCUUAAACAAAUGUAUGAAGCGCAUCUCAAUUUUGAUGUUAUAUGCAAACAAAUCCUUUAAGAUGGCGUGUGGGUACUGAUGGCUGCUUGCUGCAUCGUGUUUCUUGUCUCUUUUUACUGCCAGCAUAAUGUUGCUCUUAAGCUUGGAAAAUGGGAGAAAAACUGUUUCUAAUAUGCAGAGGAUGAGUUUGGACUCGUGUACAUGGGGGUAAUACUAGAAUAAUGCCAGGGGGAUCUGCUGAAGGGAGAGGAGAAUGAUAGCGAUAUACCAUAUCCCUAUGGUGUGUAAAGUUGCUUGUGAAAUAUGACAUCCCAGCUUUGAAGAAGAGAGAGGAGCUGAGGACCCAGUCAAACUGAUUCUUUUUGUAUCAUCAGAUCCAUUCUUGUAUGAACUUAGACCUGGUGGAAGAGGGCAGCCCCAGAGACACAAUCCCCAACCAAAUAGAGCAGGAAGGACUUAAACUCAGGUUCUCCCCAUCCCAGGAAAGGAAACUUAUUGCUGGUUUGGGCAUUUGUCCCUGCUGAAGAUGUUGCUGCCCUUCACUAACUUUAAGGUACAAAUGAAGGGAUGUGAAAUGGAGGGACUGCAGUGCUAAGAGCACAAGGGCGGUGGGGAAACUGGCCUUGGGCAAGCUAAAGGAUAGUGAUAUGGCUGCUAAUCUCUACCGGUAGUCUGCUGUUUAUGGAUGCCCAAACUCUAGCCUUUCAAAGAGCCAUUGUAAAAGACAAGCAGGUUUUUAGGUGUUUAAGCAGCAAGCAGGGGUUUUGGGCAAGUGCUUUGGGAUAGUCAGGUAAAGCCAGGAUGCAAUGGAACAAAAAGUCCGGGAUUAAAAUGCAGUAAAUGGAGUUCUGUCAGCGAUGCUGCAAUGGAGAAUGAGAGCAGGGUCAUGCCCACAAUGACCUUUCUCAUCUAAGAGAGAAACUCUCACCAGUGAAAGGGCAAGAUGAAUGCUAGCAGGACAUCCUUCAGUCCCUGUGGUACCUCCCUCCAAGCCCAGCUCCCUGGGUCCCCCCCAUCACAAGUGCCCCCCAGUAAAAAGAAAAUACAUGGUCUGUCCUGUGGGGCAGGCCAUAAAUUAAUGGCCUGUCCUCUUGGAAUGGAAACAAGGGACUUAAAUCUCCAGCUUCUCAAUCA